CCUUGAGAAGGACUAUAAAUUCGUACCACUCCCCCGCAACUCUCUUCACCAAAUCACGUCCAUCCAUAAACAACUCAAACCCUCUCCCACCCUGUUUCAGUUUCCCCGUGUUUCUUAAAUUCGACUCGAAAAAUGUCGGAUUAUCACACAUUUGUCGACACUGUUACGAUCGAAAAGGCCAAUGCCAUGGCGAGGUAUCAGCGUUUUCGAAACCUGGAAAAGCUGUUACGUUUUUUUCUGAUUGUUUUGCUUCUUGCAUUUCUUUCUUGGUCAUCAACUCGAGUUCCUGAGGCUGUACAAACCUUAAAAAUCUCCGGGAAGUAUGUCGUGGAUUUUUCGACUUACGUUUUAAAUCCUCACAUUAUUUUUCUCAUCGGGAACGCGAUUGUGCUCGCACUGUACGUGCUUUCUCGUCAUAUGGACGUAGAAAAAACCUCCACCACUUCUGUGCUCUAUGAAAAUUAUGAGAAUACGGAGAAUAAAUCGUCGGUUAACGCGAUCGAGGAAGUGGAAGCACCGGUAGAGAUUGUUGCAGCGGAGAAACAAAUUGUGUGCAAGGAGGUUUCGAAUUUGAUCACCGAGAAAGAGAGCCAAGUGGCGGAGAAAGCUCCUGUGACUCAAAUAAAAAAAUUGAACAGGACCGUGUCGGAGAAAUUGGAGAAGCCGAAGCCUCGAAAGCAGUUCCGAAGAUCAGAAACUGAAGUCCGGAGAGUGGCUGUGAAUUCUAGCAAUCGACAAUUGUGUAGAAAUUUGAGCAAAUUCGAGACGGUGGACACGUUGAGUAACGAGGAUUUUCGGCUCACUGUUGAGGCUUUUAUCGAGAAGCAACAGAAUUUUCUUCGCGAACAGAGGAUGGCUGAACUGACUCUAUGAAUAUGAGAAUGAAGAUUAUUAGAUUAAUGAGUCGGAUUAAUUAGUAAAAUUAGUUAAAGAUGGAAGUUGAUUUUAGUAUUAUUUCCAUUUCUUCGUGUUUCUCUAACUACUUUGAAUGUUCUGUCCAGUUACUUCGAGUUUUUACUGGAAUUCGGGACUUUUAUAAAUAUCUUGCCUAUUAUGUAUGUGUAUUUUCUAUUAUCAGGAAUUUUACUUAACAGUUCUUCUCUUGCACUAUAA